AUGUACGAGGAUAUUGUUAUUUUGAAUAUCACAGAGAACAUGAACCAAGGAAAGACGUUUGAAUAUUUCAAUUGGUUUGCUAAGCAUAGGGAGGAUAAUUAUUUGCUCAAAUUGGACGAUGAUACUUUCCUCCACCUUAUUCACUACUACCGUGACCUACAAGACUUACCAAGAGAACGUGCGUACUAUGGCAAUGCUCUAGCAUAUUACUAUAACGAUGGAACAUAUACAUUUAUGGGAGGUGCAGGAUACACUCUCUCCCGCGAUCUUGUUAUAGACAUUGUUAGAUCAAACUGGGUUAGUUCAAAUGUCGAAGGCAAUGAGGACUGGCUAGUAGGUGAGUGGGUGUGCCACGUAGCUAGGGAGAUGAAAUAUUUUGUGCAUUAUAUCGGCUUUACAAGUUGGGUGCCCAGCCGCCAAAAUCCCAUCCAUGACUUUGAUGAGAAUCUGGACCUCCAUUUCCUUAGCGAGACCAUCAUGAUCCAUCGGAUAAAAGACAUUGGGAAUUUAAAUGCAAUUAAGAAUGUGUACUCUGAAUACGAAGAGGGGUUGCCAAUAGUCAGAGUCAUUCGGAAUUCAACGGCCGAAGGCCUGGCUACAAAGAGGGAGGUUGUUGCAAGAUGCUGGACCGCGCUUGAAAAAGAACAAUUAUGGGAUCAAUUGCAAAGUACCUACAAGAACUGGUUUUAUGAAACUUGGGGUUUUAAGGAGGGGAAAUGA